UUUCUUCAACAUAGCAACACUGCCAGUGUCCCGAGUAAAAUGUCUGCUUCGAAAGGAUCGAAAAAUAUUUUAAACAAAAUGAUUUAGUAGCCAUAGCCAAAAUCAAUUAAAGUUAACGGAAUAUCCAGAUGCUGAAGAAACAACAAUGGAACACAUUGACACCACAGAUAAAACAAUAAGCUGCAUGCCUUAACUUGUUUAAAAAAAAAGUAGAUUUUGUACAUGAAUCUCUUAGGACAUAGUGUUAGUGUAAUAUGAAGUGUUUUGUCUCCGAGUGUUGACAAUUUGUGAGUGUUACUCAUGGUUGAUGGUGUGAACGGUGCCAAUAUGUCUGACGAGGAGGACUCUUCACCGGAUAGGGCUUUAGGCCCUUCCAAUAAUGUGCCAGUGCUGGGCAUCAAACGCCUCAAACAGAUCGAGACGAUGUUCAUAUCUCGGCGGCUGCAAGCGCCCCGCACCCACGGCCUCAGUGUGGAAACCCUCGUGGAUAUGCUACUGGUCUUAUACGAUGAGUGCUGCAACAGUAGCCUCAGGAGAGAGAAGGCUGUUGCUGACUUUAUAUCUUACGUGAAACCUGUAGCCACAGCGUUGAAGAGGCUCCGUCUAUCUCGGGACGACUUCGAGCUGGUCAAGGUGAUUGGCCGAGGGGCUUUCGGCGAAGUGUGCGUCGUCAGGGCGUCUUUUAUGCAGGGCACGGAUGGCGGCGCAAAUAUGGCGGCGGCGACCGCCGGGACCACGGGCACUGGUGAACGAGUGUACGCCAUGAAAAUACUCAACAAGUGGGAAAUGCUGAAGAGAGCAGAAACAGCAUGUUUUCAAGAGGAACGCGAUGUUCUCGUGUUUGGUGACAGAAGGUGGAUCACCAAUCUGCACUAUGCCUUCCAGGACGAACACAAUUUGUACCUAGUAAUGGAUUACUACUGCGGAGGUGACCUACUGACUCUUCUAUCGAAGUUCGAAGACCGUCUACCGGAAGAUAUGGCCAAGUUUUAUAUAGCUGAGAUGGUGCUUGCCAUACAGAGCGUGCAUGAACUCAGAUAUGUGCAUCGAGACAUAAAACCAGAUAAUGUGCUGUUAGACGCAAGCGGUCACAUCCGACUAGCUGACUUCGGCUCGUGUUUACGACUUGGAGACGACGGCAAAGUGCAGAGCAAUGUGGCUGUCGGGACGCCUGAUUAUAUAUCGCCUGAGAUAUUGAGGGCUAUGGAAGACGGUCAAGGCAGAUAUGGUCCAGAGUGUGAUUGGUGGUCUUUAGGUGUAUGCAUGUACGAGAUGCUGUUUGGCGAGACACCGUUCUACGCGGAGUCGCUGGUGGAGACGUACGGCAAGAUCAUGAACCACGCCCGCUCCUUCCACUGCCCGCCGCCCGACGAACAUGCUGCACAGGUAUCGGAAGAGGCGAAGGAUCUAAUCCGCAGACUGAUAUGCUCUUCAGAAAAUAGAUUAGGAAAAAAUGGACUGCAAGACUUCAAGAAUCACCCAUGGUUCGCGCAGCUGGAGUGGGAGAGCGUGCGGGAGAUGCAGGCGCCCUUCGUGCCCGACGUGUCCAGCCCCACGGACACCUCCAACUUCGACGUCGAUGAUACUGAUAUCAGACUAUCAGAAGCAGUUCCCCCGCCUUCAGCAUCGUCAGCGUUCUCGGGUCUGCACCUGCCGUUCGUGGGCUUCACGUUCACGGCGGACUCGCGGCUGUCGGACCUGGGCGCCGCCGCCAGCCCGCUCAGCCCCGCCAAGAAUGCGCCGAGCCAGGCACCAUCAAACGCCGGCGACCGAGCGGCAUUAAAAGCGUUAGAAAGAGAAAACGCCCUUCUCGCACAAACUAUUGCCGAGUUAAGAGCGGGCGGAUCCGCGGUAGAUGGUGGUAGUGAAGACAUACUACAGUUGAAAGAAGAAAUGGCGGCGUUGUCCAAAAGGAAUGGCGAGUUGGAAGCACAAGUCCGCUGCUAUGAACAACUUAAUACUGGCAUUGCGACACAAGACAUACCAGCAACGCCACAAGAGAUGGCGACCCGUAUCCGGGAGAUGGAGGUCAUCAUACAAGCUCUCAACUUGGAGAAGGAAGAACUCCUGAAGGAUAAAACUGACUCCGUUGAGAAACUUAGAUUGCAGGACAAAGAGCUAAAAGAUGCAUUAUCACAACGCAAGCUAGCAAUGACUGAGUACAACGAGGUGACGGAACGCCUGUCCGAGCUCAGGCAACAGAAACAGAAGCUUUCACGGCAGGUCCGUGACAAAGAAGAAGAGUUGGAAGUAGCGAUGCAGAAGAUAGACGCGCUCAGACAAGACAUACGACGCGCGGAGAAGGGACGCCGGGAGCUAGAGGCAAGGCUUGAUACUGCCAUUUCUGAGGCUACUAAGGAACGUAAACUACGUGAAGAGACGUUACGCUCGCAGCGCGUGGAGUCGGGCGGGCCGCCCUCCGCCGCCGCCGACGUCGCUAGACUGCAGGCUGAAGUCGAGACGCUAGAGAUGCAGUACAAAGAGUCUCUAGCGCAGCAGCAGGCGCGGUUCCAGGCGGAGUUAGCCGCUCUCAACGAUCAGCUGCAAGAGGGAGAUGCCCUACGCAAUGUUCUCAAUAGAGAGCUACAAACAUCAAAAGAGAAACUCGAAAGCCGUCGCAUAGAACAGAUGUCGGACAGCGAAGACAGACAGAUGCUGCUCAACGAGAACCGGAAACUGGCCAAGGAUCUGGACGCUUUGGCAGAAAACGGUAGAAGAUGGCAGCAAGAGAGAAGACAGAUGGAGAUAGAAUUAGAAGAGUUGAGAGCCAAGAGAGAGACGAUGCAGCACUGGGAGACACAGAUAGCUGACAUCAUCAGAUGGGUGGCCGACGAGAAAGAAGCUCGGGGCUACCUGCAGGCUCUCGCUACGAAGAUGACUGAGGAAUUGGAGUAUCUUAAACAUGCAAGUGCCUCGCGUUCCUCCCUCGUCGUGGCAUCGUCCCCGCCGUCGGGUCCGGGCGGCCCCGCGCCUCCGGACGGUCGCGCGGGCGGCUGGCGGAACCGCCGCUCCCAGAAGCUGGACAAGAUGGAGAUCCUGACGCUGCAGUCGUCGCUGCACUCCGAGAUACAGGCCAAGCAGGCCGUCGGCGAGGAGCUCAGCCGCACCAGGGCCGAGCUGCUGGCUAGUCAGAGAGAGCUACACGAAACCCGUCAGCGGUUGGACACCCUAGCGCACGACAUGAAACGCAAAGAGCAACAUAUUCGCGACAUGCAGGCGAGGCUCGACGCGCCCCACCAGCCCGGCAACUCCUUCCUGGACCGGCCGCCAUCUCAAAUGAGCUAUCUAGACCAAUUUCUGAAGGAAGCGCCCACGGAGCGACACUACGACAAUGUGGCUUCUAUCAAUGAACAGAAGAUGUCGCCGCAGUACCGUUACAGAAACCAUUAUUGUUGCAAUGCAAAGCUUAUGUACGGGUCUCAGCAAUCGGCCGCACUAAGCGGUUCCGUGGAGCUGCAAGAUGAGAUGGAGCCCCGGGCGUCGUCGCCCGCCUCCAGCAAGAGCUCGCCCAGUGAGAUGUCUACUGUUAGCAUAGACCCGUCACUCGGACCCUCGGUGCCAGGCAAGCAGAAAGUCCACCAGUUCCUAGUGAGGACGUUCAGCAGCCCCACCAAGUGUAACCAUUGUACGUCGCUUAUGAUCGGUCUAACCCGACAAGGCGUGGUAUGCGAGACAUGCGGCCUGGCAGUACACACGUGGUGCUGCGGGCGCGUGGCGCCGCGCUGCCCGCUGCCGCCCGAGCGCUCGCGCCGCCCGCUCGGCAUCGACCCCGCGCGCGGGCAGGGCACCGCCUACGAGGGAUACGUUAAGGUCCCGAAACCCGGUGGCGUGAAGAAAGGCUGGAUGAGACAGUUUGUGGUUGUAUGCGACUUCAAACUGUUUCUCUAUGACAUAUCACAAGACCGGAACGCGUUACCUUCAGUGUGUGUCAGUCAAGUGCUGGACAUGCGCGACCCGGAGUUCAGCGUGACGUCCGUCAAGGACUCUGACGUCAUACACGCCAACAAGCGAGACAUACCUUGUAUAUUUAGGAUAUCAACGUCACAACUAGAAGGGGGCAAGCGGUCUCACACACUCAUGCUCGCGGAGUCAGAAUCAGAGAAGACGAAGUGGGUGGUCGCGCUCAGCGAGCUACACAGGAUACUCAAGCGUAACAACUUGCCGGAUAAGUGUGUAUACAGCGCAUGCGUAGUCCUAGACUCGACAGCAGCAGCCACCGUCCGCAACGCCCUCUGCGCCUGCGUGUUAGAACGUUCCCUCAUCUGCGUGGGCGGGGAAGCGGGGUUAGCGCUCAUAGACCUGGAGCGAGGCGAGGUGACGCCUCGACGUGCUCACGCGCCGGUCUCCACCAUUGCUUAUGUGCCGCAUGAACAGCUGCUGGUGGUAAUCGCAGGCCGCGGUCGACACGUCCGUCUAGUCCCGAUUCGAGCACUGGAAUGUGCUGAAGUGGAAUGCGUGAAACUAGCUGAAAGUAAAGGCGCCCUCGCACUCGCCGCCGGACCCCUGUCUCAUGCCGCUCACGGCUUUGCUGUUUUGUGUAAACGACAGAACGCGUACGUAGUGAACGUGUACGAGAUCACGCGCACUGUCGCGCGCCGGGUCCGCGUGGCGGAGCUGCGCGCUGCGGGCGCGGUGUGCAGCGUGCAGCUGAGCGGCGCGCGGCUGCUGCUGGGCUACCGCGGCGGCUUCGCGGCGCACGCGCUGCCCGACCCGCGCCGCGCCACGCUCGACCAGCCCGCCGUCUCUCUAGUCCACCCCGAGAACCAAGUGAACGUGUUCCUCUCGCACUCGGGGGCCAGGCCGCUGUGUGCUGCGCCGGUACCAGGGUCGGGCGACACGCUGCUGGUGUUCAACUCGCUGGCGCUGUACGUGGACCGGCACGGGCACCGCGCCCGCGACACCGAGCUCAUGUACACUGCUCAUCCGCAGCACCACGCGAUCAACGAGACGCACCUGCUAAUAUUCACGGCGACGCAUAUCGACGUGUAUGAUAUUGAAACGGGAGACUGGGUGCAGACUAUGAAUAUACCGAACGCCCGUCCCCUAGACGAGUCGGGGUGGAUCUGCUGCGUGGGCGGCGGCGGCGGCAACGGCUUCCCCUUCUCCAGCGACGCCGCGCCCUUCAUCAUAUACCUGCGGCCGCUCAUGUCACAUCCCCGAGCGUCGGACCCGCCGAUCUGUGUGGACACGUCGCUGUGGGGCACUAAGCGACGGUUUUCCGUACGGGAGCAGUCGCACCAGGCUAUUGAGGCGCAUAACCGAUUAUCAGAGCGUCGUUCGCGUCUAAUAUCAGCCCCCACAAACUUCGCCCACCUGUCGCACAUGGGGCCGGGCGACGGCAUCCGCUCGCAGCGACUCCUCGACCUGCCCACCACUGUCGAGACUGCUGACGAGCAUCCACAGAUGUAUAGCAGUCGAGAGAGCAGUAAACGGACGUCACCGUUAACGAUAUCACACGGCACAGGAUCUUAUAAUGGGUCAUGGCGUCGGCGCGAGGCCCCCGGGUCCCCGCCGCCGUCGCCGCCCGCGCGGCCCAUGGACCGGUCGGUGGGCGGCGGCUCGCAGGGCAGCGGCUCCCUGCUGCUGGAGCGGUCCAUCACCCCGCUCAGCCUGGGCAGCAUGAGCUCGCUGCAUGACGUGCUCAAGGUGGGCACAGAGCUGGGUGACGCGCUGCACUCGGAGGACAGCAGCUGCGGCGCCUCGCCGCCGCAUCCCAUGGAUCCCUGAUGAAACCAACCGAACUCAUCGUGGACACAGGACAUGUGUCGUUUCUACGCUUGCUUCUGUUGAGUAGUAUAGUUUGCGGGGGCCGCGCGGAAACAUGCCGUGUGUCGACCACACAGAGUUCAGUCUGCUCUACGACAUGCUUUAAGUAUUUCAUUAAAACGCCUGUCUUUAUGAAAAAUAUCAUCAUUUCAAAAAUCGAUAGCAAAUAUAUCGAUAUGUUAGGACAUCCCUAUAAUGUGUUAUGGUGUUCGUCAUAAACACAGGCGCAAUUAAAUUAUAAUUAAUUAUUAUCAACAUAUUUGGUUCCUAAAAGAAUUAUAUGGAAGAUUUAUUUUGCAAUGUUAUUAAAUUAUUUAUCAGAAAAAAAAACUCAUAUAGUUAAAAUGUAAUGGUUUUCUGCAUGAGUAAUACUAAACCUUCCAUUAAACGAUAAUAACAAAUUUAAAUAGAUAUUAUUAAGCUAAGUGCACACUGGUAGGAUAUUAGGCGUUAGGAAAAAAUCGAGGACUUUUUAAUUAUUCACCUUUUCGACUGGUAUUAGUAAUUUUAUUUAUUGAGUGCGUUUUAAGUUAAUUUUUAAUUGUGUUGUAGUGAAAAAUGCAAUGAAAAUGUAAAUAAAUUGACUUUUUUGCCACAUUUUGGCAACAUUUUAUGACUUCCAAAAAGAGUAUGAAAAUUAGCCUAUUAUUGAAAAAGCAAGUAUUAUAAUUUUGCCAAGAUUAAGAUUCUUAUGACCAUUAUUUUAUACUAGUGACGUUCAAAAAAUGUUGAAAAAAUAAUUUUGAAAUUCAUCCUAAUAUUAACUAGUGUGUGCUCCGCUCUAGUUAUAUAGACCCAAUGUGGCUUGUAGGUCAAUUAGAUUCCUCUUAAUAUAAACUACGUGUUUUAUAUCCCGUAUGUAAGCCGUUGCCGAGUUUGUGUCUAUAGUUUAUUGUAGGAUUUCAAUGUGCUGUGAAAAAAUCUAGAGUUGCUUGGACAUUAAAUAAUGGUAAAGGGAAAUUAAUAAACUUGAGUUAAAGCAUUUUGAAAACUUGAACUGAUCAAUCAUUGUUCAUUAUGUAUUCUGAACGAUCAGAUUUUUUACUUUAUAAUUUACUAGGGGACUGUUUUAUUUACUUGGGAAAAUCUUAUAUUCCUCAAUCACACAGCGUCACAUAGAGUCAAAAUAAGAGGAGCUUGUAAUAUGACUACAUUAUAUAAAAAAAAACUUUUUCAGAGCACAUUCAAUCUUGACAAUAAACUAUAAUCCACCGAUAAGUAAAGUAUAUAAUAUAUAAAUAAAUAGAUUUAGGAUUUUAUUAACCAAAAUGUAUUUAAUUGCUUUUAUUUUUAAUACUCUCUACGCCAUCUUAUGACGUAAGCAACCGCCGACAAACCCGGUCCGGGUUUUUAAGUUUUAAUGAAUUUAUAAUUAAAUAAAAAAAUAAAACAUGAACAAUUUAAUAUGUGAUGUCUUUAAAUAAUAAUAAAAACUGUGACUGUGACGUUGUUAAAAUCUUCAAAGCCAAAUGUUUUCAUGUAUAUUUGUGAAUAUUGCUUAAAAUUUUGAUAAUGUCAGACAUUUUUACAUUCGCCCGAAAAUUCGCAUUAAAGUAAUACAUAUUUCAUUUAUUAUGUCUUCGAAAAAUAAGCCAGAUUAAUGUGAUAAAGAUUUUAAAUAAUAUUCACAGUAUAAACUUAAAUAAACACUGCCAUUCCUGUAUAGGUAGGUAGUCUAUAACUCCACAGUGGAACAAAUAGUAAAACUCUAGAUUUUGUUACCUGUCUCUUCGUGUUUAUAUCGAUAUGUAGUUAAAUCGACUACUCGUCGUUUUAAGCGCUUAUUACGUCGACAAUCUUCAAGAUAAAUAUUCAUUUGUGUUAAUGACGACGAUUUUAAAAGUCGAUAAAUCGGCAUAUCGAUAAAUGGAAGCCUUAUUUAUCGAUAAGAAGGUGUAUCGACUUUAAAAUCGUAAUAGGAUAUAGAUUGAUGAUCUAUAAAAUAUUAUUUCUAACCCUUUCGCUAGAAAUGUAUACUGUAUACAUAAGUUUUGUAUAUUAAUAAAGUAAUGUGAUUAUUUCCAUUUUUAAUGAAGUUAUAAAGUAUAUUACCAAAAUAAUCGUCACAUUAAAUGUUUAAGUUAAUUAUUUAUAUACCUUCAUACGUGAAAAUGUCGCUUUAUUUUAAUGCUUUGUGUGUAAAAUGAAGUUCAUAAAUUGUAUCACAAAUGUCGAUAGGUAAAUUAUGGAAUUAGAACAAAGAAAUAAAAUGCAUUUUCCGUAGACUUUGAAAUUUCAAUUUCUGUUGCAUUUUCUUGUGAAUUAGCAAUGAAAUAAACUAUAUUUCAGUUUUACCUAAAACUGUGGUUUAAAUUAAGCUACCAUAUUGUUUUUUUUUAAUAUCUAUCGACAUUUUUAGAUACACAUAGCUUUAGGUAUUACGUUAUAUUUGUAACAAAUCUCAUGAUUAUUUUGUGAUUAUUCACCCUAACCGUAAGCAAUAUUUUUUUUGUAAUAAUUGUUAAUUUUUUAACAAUCUAGUCUCUUUUUUUUUUGUUUGUUUAUGACCGUAAUGUAUUAUCGCGACUAUGAUUUUGUCUUCAAUGUAUUUUUUUAAGAUUAAAUUAGUUGGACUUAGACAAUGAGAUUUUUUUUUGUAGGUUAGAUUUUUAUAUGUUUUUGUCUAAAGAGCUGUACCUAUAAAAAGGUUAGGUUGAUUAUGACUAAAUUUCAAGAUUUUGUUUAGCCAAAAAUAAAAAUGUUUGUGGAAGAAUCUCGGAAAAAAAUGAACUGAUGCGAGGAAAGUUUUGACUGAAAUUAUUUUGAAAUCCUUUGUAAUUUAAUGAAAUUUGUAAUUUAAUGAAAUUUGUAAUUUAAGAAAUGUUAGUCAUGCAAUACCUAACCUAGUGUAGCGCCCUCUAUCCUCGGAUUUACUCCAUUUUGUAUUUUUUAUAUAAACUUCGAUGAAAUAUAAGUUUUCCAAAGAUCUUUCUAUCGAAAUAUGUACGUUUACUUUCAAAAUUUAAUGCGUAAAUUACUGCGCAGUGCAGUAGACUGAAAUAUGAAGUGCUUAAAAAAGUAUUCCCUCAUCUUAUGAAGUGUAUUUAGAAAUAAUAGUAUUUCUACUGGGCUCUGUAGUUAUUUACGAUUUAAAAAGUAAUUUCUACAAAAUUGUAACAAAUCAUUUUCGCAUUUAAUUUUGAAUACAAUUAAUUUAUAUCAAAAUUACCACUGAUAUGAAUGUCCAAUUUUAAAAUGUUUAUUUGGUGAAAAAAAAAACUUAUAUGCACCAGAAAGAACUGAAUGUAUAUUGCUUUUUUUUUAUAUAAUUGUGUAUGAACAAAUUUUGUGUAAUACCCACUUAUUUGUAACCAAUUUUGUCGACAAUAUAAAGUGGAUUGUUGCUUAUCACGUUAACGAAAACAAUUUAUUAACUAUCGAUAUUUAGUUCCAAAUCACUCCGUUAACGUAAUAAACAACAAUCAAAAUUCAUGAGUAUUAAAACAAAAACAUUCCGUUGGUUUUUAUAUGACAACACAGAAAAAUCGCAUAUCGGUAGUUUCGAUAACUCGCUAGGUGAACUAUCGACAAGUGACAACACUACGCAUCACAGCAUUUACCCUUGUCAAUUGAUAUUAAUUAAAUUAUUAUCGAGGAUACGUAAAUUAACGAUUGGCGUUGUAUAACCUAAUAAAUUGUAUAUCUCAAAAAUUUGUUGAUCGAGAAAUACGCUAGAAUAAGAUUAUAUGAAAAUUGUAUUUAAAAUAAUAUGCAACGGGUUUAGAAACGUAGAUUUUGCUAAAAUUGAUAUUUAUAUUAAAAAUACGCUUGUAAUGGUCGAAAUUGUAUCGUUUUUUAUUCACAUUUACUGUUGCGAUGUAUAACAUAAUUGUUUUAGACAGUAACUCUUUUGGCACUUCCUAGCUUUCGAGUUUUAUAAUCUGAUGAAAUAUUAAAGUGAAUAUUUUACGAUUAUCUCAA